CGGGGUGCAUGCGGCCUCGGCGGGUUUGGUGUGCUGUGCUUAUGAACGCCGGAAGGGCCUGAAUGACAUCCCGAGCACAGUGGCUGGCAAAGCUUGCCCAUUUGAAUGCGGAAUUUUUCGACGCAUUUUUGAGGAGAUAGUCCACGAGUCAGACAAUUUUGAGGCCGAGCCGGUCAAGGCUGAACAAAAGAGAAGUGCAGAAGCCAGACGGAGCGAUGGGGGAGACGCAGGCGAGGAAGAGGACUACGAAGGAUGUAUUUCGUCAGCUGAAGGAAUUCUCAAUAUGAUUCAGCCCGAAGAUAUACUACGCAAAAUAGACACAGAGGGACGUGUGGUCAUGACGGACCACGGUCAUUUUUUGCUUCUGAACGUGUACGCCCCGUUCAAUGGCAGGCCGGGUCGCGCUCGCUUCAAAAAAGCAUUCAAUGCUGCUCUUUUGGCUCGUAUUAUCGCAUUCACGGUAUCGGGACGCGAAGUGGUGCUUUGUGGGGACCUGAACGCUAUCGCGGACGCAAAAGACUCGGUCGAGCGUCCCUCGGAGGAAGAGCUUGCGGCUGCUCCAUGGGCCCGGUGGAUGCGCACGCUGCUUGGAUCGCGCCAAGCUGCCCUAGAACAAGCAAAGGGGGGGGGUAAAAGUAAGGACUCGCGGUGGGAGUGGCUUCCGAAUGAAUGCAUGAAUUGGGAGUCUGCCCCGAGCUGGCCGCUUCUGGUGGACACGUUUCGCGAGCUGCACCCUUUCCGGACCGACGCGUUCUCCUGCUGGUGCAAUCAGACGGCAGCGCGUCACACAAAUUAUGGGCGGCGUAUAGACUACAUUCUUGCGUCACCGGGUCUGUGCGGCUACGCAGAGGGUCCCGGUAUCGUCGCCCACUUGGAGGAGGCGGCCGUCAGACAGGAGGUGCGCGGCAGCGAUCAUUGUCCGGUGACUGCGCGCUUCUCUUUCUCAAAGCUUACAGAUGGGUCAUAUCUUUCUUUGCCCUCUCCUUUUUCGGAGCGCGGUAGCGGACGCAUUCUUCUCCCCCCGCUUUGCACGGGUAACUACCCCGAAUUUCGAGCCCGACAGGCCGGCAUUCACACAUUUCUUCUGAAGCCAUCGCUCAAAGUGGCCACCACUCCCUAUCCCAGUGGUUGUGUUGACCAAAGUUUCAGCAACGAUUUCCUGCACGAAAAGCUUAAGGUUUGCGAUCCGCUAUCUCCGUCAGCUCCCUCGCUUCAUGCAAGCCACGAGGCUAGGGCUCGGCAGGGAGGCAUGCAAGGCUCUAUGGUGAAGUGCGCACGCACCAGCACAAUUGGGAGGAAGCGCACCAAAUCCAAAUCUUCUGCAGCUCAGGUGCCGACCAAAUCACAGAUGACUCUGACUCAUUAUGGCAUUGCCAGCACCAGAGCCAAAGGGGGGGAUGAGAGCCGUGAAGCGACGGAGGAAAAGAUGACCACUGGGACGUCCGCCUCCUUUGUUUCUUCGAAAGCAUUAGCGCGUGAGCAACACUCAUCUACUUUGUAUGCUACCAAAUCAUCUUCUCUAUCUUCAUCUACCAUGUCGGCUCCCCAGCCCGGUGUCAUGCUGGAAGCCACACGACGAGAGGUCUUUUUGAGUGCCUUCCGAUCCCAGAGGGACAACACCCCACGAUGUCAGGGUCAUAAUGAGCCCAUGGUCCGACGACAUGUCAAAAAGGCAGAUAGUGGCAACCUUGGAAGGUAUUUUUUCUGUUGUGCACGGCCUGUCGGCACAGAUGGAGACAAAGAAGCGCGUUGCAGAGAUUUUCUAUGGGAAGACAGUUUAGCAAUGGGAGCAGGAUUCCGGCGUGUCCGCGGUCUGGUGAAAAAAGAGAAACCUAGCAAGACGGGCGAUGUGUAACCAGGUCUUUGAAGUGCUUGUGGCACGCUAGAUGAAACAAGCAUCAAGAACGAGAAGUACACAUCCGUGGCUUGACAGAAGAGUAUCGCCUUGAACAAGGAUUUUAAAAUGUGCAUUUUUUCGGUACGCAAAAAUAAAACGCAAAUAGCGAAAUCUAAACUGUGCUGGUC